AUGUCUCUGGUAGAACCCCCGCCACGCUGCGGGCUUCGGGUCCUGACCGAUUCGGUGUCGGAGCUGCUGAACAGAGUCGGGGAGGAAAUUGUGUGCGCGCUGGAGAAGCGGAGCGGUGGACCAUGGAGGUCCGGAGGAGCUUCGGCUCGGCUGUUCCGGCUGCUUCUCGCUGAGCGGAUGGCGGCAGCAGCGCAGGAGGUCGUCGGGCUGUUGGAGCGGGAAGUGGCGGAGUACCGACGGCAGCUGGAGCGGCAGAGCCGGCUGCUGGAGACCGUGUUGAACCCGGUGGUCCGUCUGAACUGGUCAGACUCUGUCACCUCUUCAGUUUUUGAGACGACAACCGGUGAUAAAACGCCACCUUUGCCGUCGGACUCUACUCACCUCCCACCGGGUUCACCCAGUUCCACCUCGUCAGACCUUGCUGCAUCUGAGAGUGAUGAGGAGCGGAGGGGCAGCGAGAUAUCUUCUGGUAAUAAUGAAACGGACAGAGCGGGUGAAGGAAGUCAAACAGCCUCAUCUGAACAACCAGAAAAUAAGCACUGUAUAAUCUGUGAAAAAACUUUCCGUCACAAAGGUCACUUGUUAAAACAUGUGAGGGCACACUCCGACUCCCCAGAGCAUCUCUGUGGAGUCUGCGGAGAACGUCUCAAGUCUUCAAAAGGCUUGUCAGAUCACCUCAAAUCACAUAGAGACAACCUUAGCACAAGAGGAACCUGCAAGAUCUGUGGGAAGACAUUUCAGAAUAUAGAGACACAUAAAAGGAGCCACACUGGAGUCAAACCAUUUAGCUGUGAUGUUUGUAGAAAGAGUUUCCCACGGGAGGGGGCGUUGAGGCGACACAAGAAGAUCCACAGCAGAAAGAAGCUUGAAGCCUGUCAGAUCUGUGGACAGACGUUCACUGAAAAGCAUCUGCUUCAGGAGCACAUGAAGAUGCAUGAAGAUAAAAAUGGAGAAUGGAGUGAGGUGGCUGAUGUAGGUGAGAUAAAUGAAACACUGAAACAAAAGGCAAACACUGAACCAACCCUCGGCAAGACGUCUUCCACUUUCUGCUGCAAAGUCUGUGGUGAUUUCUUCCGCAGUCCAGGUUUUUUAAGAAAACACGCAGAGAUGCAUUGCAACGACUCUAAGAACACGUGUGGAGUUUGUGGAGAGCACCUUGAGUCUUCAAAAAGCUUGUCAGAUCACCUUACAUCACAUAGAGAUAACCUUAGCACAAGAGGGGCUUGCAAGAUCUGUGGAAAGACGUUCCAGAACAUGGAGGUACAUAAAAGGAGCCACACUGGUGUCAAACCGUUCAGCUGUGGCGUCUGUGGGAAGAACUUCUCUCGGCAUGGAGCGCUAAAGAGGCACAAGAAGAUCCACAUUAGAAAAAAGCCUGACACCUGUCAGAUCUGUGGACAAACGUUCACUGAAAUCCAGCUGCUCCAGGAGCACCUCAAGAUGCAUGAAGAUAAAAAUGGAAAUCAGAAUGAGGGGUAUGAUGUAGGUGAGGGUAAGACGCUGAAACAAAAGGCAAACACUGAAUCAACCCUUGGUGAGAAGUCCUCUUUCUGCUGCAAAGUCUGUGGUGAUUUCUUUUACAGUCUGGGCUUUUUGGGGAAACACGCAAAGACGCACUGCAACGACUCUAAGAACAUGUGUGGCAUUUGUGGGGAGCAGCUCGACACAUCUGACAGUCUGCAGACUCACCUGCAGUCUCACAAAGAGACUAGUGGGAAGUGUAACGUCUGUGGGAAGCGUUUCCAGAACAUUGAGACACACAUGCGGAACCAUACUGGCUAUAAACCGUACCGCUGCACCGUCUGCAGCAAACGCUUCCCCCGACCUGGAGCACUGAGGCAACACAAGAGGACCCACAGGAAGUCCUUCACAGAGAGCAGCACUUUGAGGGCUCGCAUUAGAAGUGACUCCAUGGAAAUUUGUGACAGCAAUAAAGUGGACUCUCCAUCAGAAUGUUCAAGCCUGGAACCUGAGCCACAAAACAUCAGGACUCAGCCGUCGUCCUGCUGCAAAGUCUGUGGGGAGACUUUUCAAACUAAAGCCAGUCUGACGAAACAUGUUACAAGUCACUCGUCAGAGUCGGUGUGUGGAAUCUGUGGGGAAAAUCUGCUGCUGUCUGAAACGCUGACUGAGCAUCUACAGAAACACAAAGAGACGGGUAACAUUUGUCACAUCUGUGGCAAAAAGUACCAGAACAUUGAGACCCACAUGCGAAGUCACACCGGCUUCAAACCGUACCACUGUAGCAUUUGCAGUAAAUCUUUCCCGCGGCCCGGUGCUCUGCGGCGCCACAGGAAGACCCACAGCGGGGAGCGUCCAUUCAUCUGUGAGAUCUGCGGGAAGACAUACACCGAUGGCUGCUCUCUGACAACACACCUGAAGAACCACACUGGAAACAAACCGGUCAACCGCGUCUCCUGUGAGACCUGCGGGAAGAGCUUAGCCUCAGCCCACAUCCUGGAGGUCCACAAGAGGAUCCACACCGGCGAGAAGCCCUUCCUCUGUCGCGUCUGUGGGAAAUCCUUCAGGCAACUGGCAGGGCUGAAUGCCCACAUGCUGACACACACUGGUGAGAAGCCAUUCAGCUGCAGCCUCUGCAGCAAGAGCUUCAGCACCAAAGGGUACCUGCAGACCCACAUCCGCUUCCACAAGAAGGAGCAGGCAUUCAACUGCCACCUGUGCUGGAAGGCCUUCGUCACCAAUACUGACCUGAAGAAACACCUGCUGACGCACACCGGCGAGAAACCCUACAGCUGCCAAAUAUGUGGAAAAAGCUACCAGGAGAAACGCUCCAGAGAAGUCCACAUGAAGGUGCACCAGGUGGUCCGCAGUAACAAAGAGCCACUCAGGAGGCAGGAUGGUCUGCAGCCCGACUUUAUCCAGCUGUAGAACCACAGAACAGUUUGUACUGGGUUUAUCUGUGAGCAAAAAUUGUUUCAGAGGCCAAAUAGUUC